CACAGCGCAGGGUAAAGAACAGAGAUAAUAAUAAAAAGGCUCUCUCUUUCUCUUUCUCUCUCUCUUCUUCUCUAAUCUUAAAUCAGAAAAAUCUCUUCUUUAGGAAGUAGAGAACUAGAGAAGGAGAGGUUUCCUCCUUCCAUGUACUCUUCAAUUCCCCGGAGAAUCGGGAGCUAAUCUUCUUCUACUUUCCUUAUCUCUACUUCUUGACAAGUCUUAGCAAACACCCUUUUGGAGAUUCGUUUUGUAUUCUCUGUUUCUUUGUGUGUGUGUCUCUGUGUUUUUAGCUGUCUUCGUAUUGAUCAUGGAGAGAUCUGAUUCUAAAGAUUUCUAUAACUUUGCUCGGACUUCUUCAGAUAAUAAGAAUGCUCUUUUUGACGCAUCUCAAUAUGAGUUCUUUGGUCAAAGUCUUGAAGAAGUUGAAUUGGGUGGUCUUGAUGAUGAUGCUUCUGUUCGUGGACAUGUCGAUGAUGAAGCCUAUCACUUGUUUGAUAAAAGAGAGGGUGCUGGUUUAGGUUCAUUAUCUGACAUGGAUGAUCUUGCCACAACUUUUGCAAAGCUGAACAGAAAUGUUACUGGGCCCAAACACCUUGGAGUAAUUGGUGACAGAGGAUCAGGGUCCUUUUCUAGGGAAAGCUCCACUGCUACAGAUUGGACACAGGAUAAUGAGUUCACAAGCUGGUUGGACCAGCACACACUUGAAGAACAAGCUCAGGAAGCUAGUUGGCCAUCACAGCCACAAUCUUCGGCUAAUUCAAAUUCUCUGUACAGGACAUCUUCAUACCCUCAGAAGCAAACUCAGCUACAACAUUACAGUAGCGAACCGAUUAUUGUACCAGAAUCGACGUUUACAUCUUUUCCUUCGCCUGGCAAAAGAUCUCAACAGUCUUCACCGAGCCAUAUUCAUCGUGCUCCUUCUCUUCCUGGUGGUAGUCAGUCGAACUUUUCUGCUCCUAAUGCAUCUCCGCUGUCAAAUUCGACUUACCAUCUUUCAGGAUUGUCACAUGGACCGCAACAUUAUGGUAGUAAUCUGGCUAGAUAUGCAUCAUGUGGUCCUACUCUUGGUAACAUGUCACAACCUCCUCACUGGGUUACUGACCCUGGCCUUAUGCACGGUGAUCAUUCGGGGUUGUUACACAGUCUGGUACAACAGCAGCAUUUGCAACAAUUGCCUCCUCGGAAUGGUUUUACUUCUCAACAAUUGAUUUCCUUUCAACAGAGACAGUCCCUAGCUCAUCUUGCUGCAUUACAAUCUCAACUGUAUAGUUCCUAUCCUUCUCCAUCACAUAAAGCUCCUUUUGCGGUUGGUGAAGUAAGGGAACACAAACAUAAGUCAUCUCAUAGAAGUCGAAAGAACAGAGGCAUCUCCCAACAGAACUCGGAUUUGGCUAGCCAGAAAAGUGAAAGCGCAUUGCAAUUUCGAUCAAAGUACAUGACUUCAGAAGAGAUAGAGACUAUUCUCAAGAUGCAGCAUUCCAAUUCACACAGUAGUGACCCCUAUGUGAAUGAUUAUUACCACCAAGCUCGGCUUGCCAAAAAGUCAGGCGGAUCAAGAACAAAGCCUCAGUUGUAUCCUUCUCAUUUGAAGGAUCACCAAUCCCGGUCCCGUAGUAGUUCAGAUCAGCAACCACAAGUUCAUGUGGAUGCUCUUGGAAAGAUUACACUUCCUUAUAUUUGCAGGCCACGAGCCUUACUCGAGGUUGACUCUCCGCCUAGCUCUAGUGAUGGAAGGUCUGGUCAUAAGGGAUCUGAAAAGCAUCUGGAAGAAGAACCUCUUGUUGCAGCUAGGGUCACCAUUGAAGAUGCUUUUGGAGUUCUUAUCGAUAUAGUUGACAUUGAUAGGACUCUCCAAUUCAACCGGCCACAAGAUGGAGGAGCUCAGCUCAAGAGAAAACGGCAGAUACUGCUUGAAGGAUUAGCAACUUCUCUUCAACUUGUUGAUCCCUUCAACAAAACCGGCCAGAAAACAGGAUUGACAGCUAAGGAUGAUAUUGUCUUUCUACGCAUAGCGACACUUCCCAAGGGUCGGAAACUGCUCACAAAGUAUCUACAGCUUCUUGUACCGGGUACUGAGAUAGCUCGGGUUGUCUGUAUGGCUGUAUUCCGCCACCUUAGGUUUCUCUUCGGUGGUCUACCCUCAGAUAGCGUUGCAGCAGAGACAAUAGCUAAUCUUGCUAAAGCAGUUACGGUUUGUGUUCAAGCAAUGGACCUCCGAGCACUAAGUGCUUGUCUUGCAGCUGUUGUUUGUUCAUCAGAACAGCCACCUCUCCGUCCAAUAGGAAGUCCUUCUGGUGAUGGAGCAUCAGUUGUGUUGGUCUCUCUUCUUGAGAGAGCUGCUGAAGUAGUUGUAGUGGGGGUAGUUCCACGUGUCAGCAACAACUCUAAUGAUGGACUCUGGAGAGCCUCGUUUGAUGAAUUCUUCUCUUUACUUACUAAAUAUUGCAGAAGCAAGUAUGAGACAAUCCAUGGUCAGAACCUGGAGAAUACAGCUGAUGUGUUGGAGCUAGCUAUAAAGAGGGAAAUGCCUGCUGAGCUUUUACGUGCGAGUCUACGUCAUACCAAUGAAGACCAGAGGAAUUUCUUACUAAACUUUGGUCGUAGAGCAUCACCACCAGUUAGCGAGGCAACAACAACAACACGUGCAAGUGGUGGUCAGAUCAAGUCUGAAUUUGUGAGGGGUUAAGGUUUAACCAUAAUAGGAAACAAUGAUGAUGGGUGGUGUGAGUGGCUGGUGUAGAUUUGGUGCGUUUUAGUUGUCUGUGGACUUCUUCUUAAGCUCCUCCUUGUGGUGGUUGAAAGCUGGGGAAAAGGAUAAUUGAAAAGUGGGAGUUGGUAAAACCGGAAAAAAAACAAAAAUAACUGAGUUUUUUUCCGGAGGAGCUGUGUUUUUGUUGCUCUGUGAUGAAAACUCCUACCUCUAUUAGGACUCAUUUAGGGUUUUAGGAGUUUGGAAGGAGACUAGUGUUUGUGUUGUGACCCCUGUAUAGACUGAUGGUGAAUGAUGAUGAUGAUGCUGAUGGUGUUAUGGUGAUGGUGAUGGGGAAAUGGUGAAUGGUGCCGUAGCUAAGAGGUCUUUUGUUUGUCUUAGCUUCUUGUUGUGGAUCUGUUUUUCAAAUAUGGGCAUUGUAAUAAUAAGGAACGCAAAGUUUUUAAAAACGUUGUUUCUAUUGGAUCAUGUCUCUUUGAAUGUAUACUUCUGUUAUUUUGUAAGAAGUUGAAAACUUGAAAUUUAGUUAUGUGUUCUUUUUUAGUA